AUGGCGCCCACCAGCAAGCUGCCGUUGCUCCUCGCCACGCUCGCCGUCCUCCUCCCCGCGCCGCGCAGCCUCGGCGCCGGCUUCGGCGCGGGUGCGGGCGCCAUCGACAUCACCAAGAUCCUCGCCGGCUUCCCGGAGUUCAGCACCUUCAGCGCCAUGCUCACCGAGACCAGCGUCGCGCUCGCCAUCCGCGGCCGCGACAAGGUCACCCUUCUGGCCCCCAACAACACCGCCGUCGCCGCGGCGUUCGGCGGCAUGCCGCGCGUCCCGCGGUCGCUGCUGGCGGACCUCCUCGCGCUCCACGUCGUGCUCGACUACGUCGACGAGCCCAGGCUCGGCGCGCUGCGGCGGGGCCGCGGUGGCGACGGGACCGUGGUCACCACGCUGCUGCAGGCUCUGCGCGCGCCACCGCGCGGCGUGGGGUUCCUCCGCGUCUGCUCCGGGGACGGCGGCCGCGGCACGAUCAUCACCUCCGCGGCGCCCGUGGGGCUCCGGAACGCCAUUGUCGAGAGGCAGGUCGCCGCGCAACCGUACAGCGUCGCCGUGCUGCAGGUGAGCGGCUUCGUCAUCCCGCCGGGCAUCAGGGUCCCGCGGGCGUUCCCGCCGAGGGCGAGCAGGCACAUGGUGGCGCCGCCGGGCCAGGCAAAAGAGGAAUUGGUCAAGAAAUCUGAUACUUCCCACAUUCAGCAGCAUGACAGGAACUGA